AUGGCAGCAUCGCCGCCGCGCCGCCGGGCCUCGCCGCCGGCGAUCCUGGACGAGCUAUUCGAAGAGAUCCUCCUCCGUCUCCCACCCGACGACCCCGCCUGCCUCCUCCGCGCCUCCCUCGUCUGCAAGGCCUGGAGCCACACCGUCUCCAGCCCCAGAUUCCGCCGCCGCCUCCAUGAGCUCCACCGCACACCCCCCGUGCUCGGCGUCCUCCACAACUGGGAAGACGAUGCCAUCCCGCGAUUCAUCCCCACCACCGCAUCGUCCUUCUCCCUCGCCGCUCCGGACUCUCGCUCCUGGCGGGCCCUUGACUGCCGCCACGGCCGCGCCCUCUUCCUCUCCAAGCGCCAGGACGCCGAGGAGCUCCUUGUGUGGGAGCCAAUCACGGGCACCCAGCAGCGCGUACCUGUGCCCGCGGCGUUCCACGGCGACUACCCUACGGCUGUCGUAUUGUGCGCAGUGGACGGGUGCGACCACCGCGACUGCUUCGGGGGCCCUUUUCGCGUGGUCUUGGUCUUCUGUGUCGACGAAGAAGACACUGAGCAAGAUCCGUUUCUCACGUCGGCCGCCGUGUACUCGUCGGAGACCGGCGCCUGGGGCGAGCUGACCUCGAUGCACGGCCAGUUCGUGAUGUGCUUUGAAUAUUAUUGCAGCGUGGUCGUUGGGAAGUCACUGCUAUACUUCUUGUCCGACGGUCAGUUGAUCCUGGAGUAUGAUUUAGUGAGGCACGGGCUGACUGUGUUCAACACACCUGAUUGCCAACCCGAUUACAUGUCUGAUGAUGAUGGGUUGGACUACAGGUUUAACCUCAUGCUGGCGGAGAGCGGUGCACUCGGGGUUAGUGAAGAACUGGGUCAGCGUCUCAAAUUGUGGACAAAGGAGCCAAGUUACGGCACUGAUGCAGUAUGGGUACUUAGCCGGGUCAUCAACUUGAAAAUUUUGCUUCCAAAUGAUGCUCUCCUGGAUGCAACAACUUCAGUGCAAGUGUUGGGCUUUGCUGAGGAAGCAAAUGUCACUUUGGUGAUGACGGUUGCUGGCCUCUUCUCAAUCGAACUACAAUCCAAGCGGGUGAGGAAGGUGUGCGGUCAUCGUGGCUUCUGUAAUCUCAUUCCAGUUGUCAGCUUCUACACUCCGCAUUCUAGGCUCAAAGAACUCGGGGGCGAACACCAUGACCCAUAG